AAGACCCCAAACAGAAAAUCAAUAAGUAAAACAUAAGAAAUGCUAACGCGACACCACUAAAAAAUCAAAUAUAUUUCAAACAAAGAAACGCCAGACCCCUGACCAAACCAAAAGUUUUUCCGGGCUCAGAAAAAGAUUUGUUUCUACGACCAAUAAUAACAAAAAGCAAGCAAAAAAAGAGUAAUCGUCCAGGACAUGUGUGAAUCGAGUAAUUGAGCGAGAAAAAAGCAAAGAGCAAAAAAAGUUCCAUCAUUCCAUCCUCCUCCCACCCAACAACAAAACAAAACCACAUGAAAAACACGGGGAAAAGUAAAGAAAAAAGAGAAAGUGAAGACUAAGAGUGAGAGUAAGAGUAAGAAAGGUAUUUUUAAAGCUCUUUUCGAAUCAAAGUAAAGCAAAGCAAAGCAAAGCAACGCAAAUCAACCCUCCUGCAAGCCAAGCCCCGAAAUUCAGAAAUUCUAAAGUGCUCCUCCCCAAGAAAUAAAUUUCGGUUUUCACAUCGUUUAGGCAGAGAAGAAACAAACACACACGAAAAAAAAAACAUAAUUAUUGCUAUAAAGACUACUUUAUAUAUCGUAUAUCGUAUAUCGUAUAUAAACGCGUGCUAAGCCAAAGCCCGGAAAGUCGAUCAAACAAAUCCAAGUCCCUCGUUAAGCCAACAAAAAAGAAUAAACAACAAAACGAAAGCAGCAAACAUGGCAUCCGAAUUGGAUCAAUUCGCCGACUUGGAGCUAUCGAAGGAGGAUCGCGAACAGAUCUUCGAUCCGCCAUUGGAUCGGCAGCAGUUGGAAGGUGCUGGCACCUCAAGUGUUACGACAUCAAAACUCUUAAUAAGCGGCAUACCGAUGCAAACACGUUUCGAAGACAUCGAACCGCUACUGAAGCCCUUCGGCAUCGUGAAACAAUGCGAAGCUAUUUCUAGUAAGGACCAAUCUACUCAAACAGUACAUAUUACAUUCGAAAACCCUGAGCAGGCGCAAAGAGCUGCUGGCGGCCUGAACGGAGUCGAAUUUGAGGGCAACAAGCUCCACUGCGAGCAACUGGAUAAAAACCAGCGUCGCAGUCAGCGCAAUCAGCGCAAUCCGUACCCUGGAAUGCCAGGACCCGGACGUCAGGCUGACUUUCCGCUGCGCAUUCUCGUUCAGAGUGAAAUGGUUGGGGCCAUUAUCGGACGACAGGGCAGCACGAUCAGGACAAUCACACAGCAGAGUCGUGCCCGUGUGGAUGUGCAUCGCAAGGAGAAUGUCGGCUCCCUGGAGAAGUCGAUCACGAUCUAUGGAAAUCCAGAGAACUGCACCAAUGCCUGCAAGCGCAUUCUGGAGGUGAUGCAACAGGAGGCCCUAUCCACGAAUAAGGGUGAAAUCUGCCUGAAGAUACUGGCCCAUAACAAUCUGAUUGGAAGGAUCAUUGGAAAGUCCGGAAACACCAUCAAGCGCAUCAUGCAGGACACUGACACGAAGAUCACCGUCAGUUCGAUCAAUGACAUUAACAGCUUCAAUCUGGAGCGCAUCAUCACGGUGAAGGGUUUGAUCGAGAAUAUGUCGCGGGCCGAGAACCAGAUCAGCACCAAACUGCGCCAGAGCUACGAGAAUGACCUGCAGGCGAUGGCACCGCAGAGCCUCAUGUUCCCCGGCCUCCAUCCCAUGGCAAUGAUGUCGACACCCGGAAAUGGUAUGGUCUUUAACACAAGCAUGCCAUUCCCAUCGUGUCAGAGCUUUGCCAUGUCCAAGACGCCGGCCAGCGUGGUGCCGCCCGUCUUCCCCAAUGAUCUGCAGGAGACGACUUAUCUCUAUAUACCGAGCAAUGCCGUUGGUGCGAUCAUCGGGACCAAGGGCUCCCAUAUCCGGAGCAUAAUGCGAUUCUCGAAUGCAUCCCUUAAAAUUGCUCCCCUCGAUGCCGACAAGCCGCUGGACCAACAAACGGAACGUAAAGUGACGAUUGUUGGCACACCUGAGGGUCAGUGGAAGGCGCAGUACAUGAUAUUUGAGAAGAUGCGCGAAGAGGGUUUUAUGUGCGGCACCGAUGAUGUUCGUCUAACGGUUGAAUUGCUAGUGGCCAGCUCUCAGGUCGGUCGUAUUAUCGGCAAGGGUGGUCAGAAUGUGCGCGAGCUGCAGCGCGUGACGGGCAGUGUCAUCAAGCUGCCAGAGCAUGCCUUGGCCCCGCCAGCUGGCGGUGAUGAGGAGACGCCCGUUCACAUCAUUGGGCCAUUCUACAGCGUACAGUCCGCCCAGCGUCGCAUCCGGGCCAUGAUGCUGUCGACGAAUCCGCCGCCAGUGACCAAGAAACAGAAAGCUGCCAAAGAACAACUGCAACAACAGCAACUGAGCUUAGCCGGUGCUGCGUCCAGUGGAUCCCAGCAGCUUCAGCAACAGCAGCAGCAGCAACUCUCGCCAACGUUGCCGCAACAGCCUUUGCCGCAGCAAUCGCAUCACCAAUCUGUGUCGGCGUCGUCGUCGUCAUCGACGCCUCCUGCCCAUCAUCAGCAGCAACAGCAGCAGCAGGCGUCAUCGGCAGCGACCUCGCACCAAUUGCAGCAGCAAGCGUCGCCACCACUGAGCGGCAGCAAUGAAACUCUGGCCGCCUCCCAGCAGCAGCUGGCGAGCUCUCAGCAGUAAGAAGCAGUAAGCAAAUAAAUCAUUGGGAACGAGGAGGAAGGAGAAGAUGUAGCGCCGCAACCAGAAAAAUCAAACAGCAACACAACCACAACAACAAUUGGAGGAUGCUACCAGCAGCCAUCGAUAUCCAGCAAUAGCCAAGGCAGGGUUUUCUUUUUUAUGUACUACUUCUACCACAACUAAUACUACUACUACUACUACCAUGAAUACUACCUCCGAUCCUCGGCUCACAUAAUUACAAACCAAUACCAUACCCUACCCAUACCCAUGGCAUACCACAAUCACAACCACAGCCAACCAUAGACGCCACCUUCGUGCUGGCACAGGCGACCGAUCCGCAACAGAAAUAGAAACAGAGAAAGAAACAGGUCGAAAUCGUCACGUGAAAGAUUUUCUUCCUAGUUUAUAACAGUGCAUAAAAGUUGGGAAUGCAACUAAAAACCAUCCCAAAAAAAAGCAUGCUACGAAAUAAAGCAAAAUUCUUAAGUUGAAAGAAAAAAAGUGAUGCCCCUUCCCCCACUUUGUGCUGUGUGCCAUGUAUAACAGAUAUAACAGAUAAACAGAUAUCUGAAGGAGGUUUUCCUCAUCCAACAAAAAUACUCGACAACAGCACAAAGUCCAACGUUGAACACAUUCUACCACCACACACCCCUCUUCCCCCAUCCAUACAGAAUGGUGUGCAUGAAGGAAGAGCAGAAAGUGAAAGCGAAAGCAGAAGCAAAAGGAAGGGCAAAAAUUGAGAAGUGUAUGCGUUAUAUUUUUUUUUAAAUAUAUUUAAUUAAAACAAGUUAAUUCUUAAUUAUUUUUUUUUAAAACAAGCAUUUAGUAAGCUUACAUUUAAGCCAAAAACAAGAAUUGAAAGCCGAUGGAAAGCAAGAUGAGAAAAGUAAGAUCGAAAUAGAAAAAGUUGAUUUUGUUUGGACAACAAUUAAAACAGAAAUUAUUGUACACAUUAUUGUAACCAAAACAAAAUAAAACGAAACAUUCAAUGCAUAAUUAAACAGGACAGAUAAGAACAAACCAGAAGAGAAACAGUAAAAAAAAAACACGAGAAAUAAAAAGCAAAGCAAAAUGCACGCCAGGAAAGUGUAACAGUUAUACUAUACAAUGUCGAUGUAGCUGUUACGCCCAACAACAGUUGUACAUAGUACAUAUAACAGAAACCAACCCAGCACUACCCUACUAUAAAGCAACUAAGAAAUGAAAACUAUCUAAUGUAUACAAUAUAGUAAGGAGCUGCCAUUGUAAUUGAUGUAAUGGAUGAAAGGAUGGAGUGAGCAAAGCAUUAGCAGGGGAUAUGAUUUCCCGUUAAUGCCCAGAGCGAGAGCAAUGUUUAACUGUACUGUACAGCUGUAAAAUAGUCUUGUCGAUGCCUGCAAGAGAAAGUUGUUUGCAUUGAUAGCUCUUUUUUGUUUGUUUGUGUGUGGCAAAAAAGUUACAAGAAUUGUUGAUUAUACUUAGAGGAGGAGGAUAGAAGGAGACAAACGAGAGCUAGAGCUAGAGCGAAAGCGACAGCAAGCGAGGAAUAAGUGUUAAAGAAAACUAUUGUAAUGUGUUUGCCUUGAAAUGAAAACAAAAGAAACAAAACAAAAAAAAUUAAUACGAAUACGAAACGAAAGUGAAAGAAACUAACUAGAAAUGAAAUAACGGUGCUGAAAUGUUAAUUUUUUUUAAUCGAACGAAGAAAAGUUGAUCGUUACGUUACGUUACAUUAAGUGUUACGUUAUAACGUUUGAGCGUGUAUGAAAGAGACAAGCUGUUAUACAUGGAUGGGACACCACACAGAAAAUAUAGACAGAUAGACAUAGACCCAAUCCAAAAUCCAAAACCCCCACAUAAAAUCACAAAAAAUCAAACUUAAGAGUGCAUUUAAUGUGGUUCAAACUUAGCUGAGAACUGCAGCUGUAGAUCAGUAGCGAAGUAGAACAGUAGCACAGUAAUACAGUUAGAGAGCAGCUGAACAGUAUCACAAGCCAUAGCUAAUGAAACCGCAAUCCAAGUAACUGUAUCCCGAGCAGCAAACAAUCAAACUAAACUACAAUCAACAAUCAAGCCAAAAGCAUUCAUACAUACUACAUAUAGCAACUGCAAUAGCCCGAUUCUGUGAUGUUUUAAGGCAUCAUCUAUUACCUAUUAACUAAUAAUUAACGUAAAUCUUACAAGUACUAGUAGCUAUUCCAUAGAAUUAAUGUAACAAAACAAAACAAAUCAAAUCAAACUAACCCCGAAGCCCCAACCAGCCCAACCCUUUUGUUUGUAUAACACUUGCAUCAGAGACAGACAAAUCAGAAAGAAAGAGAGAAACUGUUAUAUUCAGGCACCCAAAAGAAAUUAAAACUAAAAA